UUUAAAAAAAUAAAUAAAAUCUGCUCUCUAAGUCUCUAUUAAUUAAAAAAAAAUUAAAACAAAAAAAUCGAAAAUUUUAACCUCUCUAAAUUCUCUACAUCUUUUCUCUCUCCUCACUUUCCCUCUGCAAUUUCUCGCCGGAAAAAUCAGCAGCAAUGUUUUUCCACAUCAUACUCGAGAGAAAUAUGCAGCUUCACCCCCGCCACUUCGGCGCGCGCCUUCGCGAUAAACUCGUCUCCAAGCUUAUGAAAGACGUCGAGGGUACUUGCAGUGGGCGUCAUGGAUUUGUGGUGGCAAUCAUGGGAAUUGAGCAUGUUGGCAAGGGUUUGAUAAGGGAUGGAACUGGGUUUGUUACUUUCCCUGUUAAGUAUAAAUGUGUUGUAUUUCGUCCUUUUAAGGGUGAGAUUCUUGAGGCUGUUGUUACUAUGGUUAAUAAGAUGGGUUUCUUUGCCGAGGCUGGUCCUGUUCAGGUUUUUGUGUCUAAUCAUCUGAUACCAGAUGACAUGGAGUUUCAAUCUGCUGAUACACCAAAUUAUACAACUUCAGAUGGAUCAGUUAAGAUUCAGAAAGACACUGAAGUGCGGUUGAAGAUUAUUGGAACUCGAGUUGAUGCCACAGAAAUUUUCUGCAUUGGUACAAUCAAAGAUGAUUUUCUGGGCGUGAUUAGUGACCCCGGUGCUACAUCGUAGAAGGAAAUCCAAGCUGUAUUUUAGCUUUUUAUCUUGUGUUUGAACAUAACCGCUCCAAGCUAACCAUAUUAAUACUUUGUAUGAACCAGGAAAUUUUGGUCCUGGAUUGUAGUGUCAUACAAACUGCAUUACUAAUCCAUUGAAAUGUCUCUAUAGCA